GCGCGCUACCGUCUGCAACGUCAGGGCCACGUCGACUAAAACAAACAAAAAGACGCUCAAAAAUUGUUCCUGACUUUUUUUUUUCCAGUCUGAAGCACAGUUUUGACACAGUGCACUAUGUUAGAUUCGUCUUCUAGCGAAGACACUGGCGGGGAGUCCGACUUAGAGCCUCAGAGGAAACCGGACGCCUCUUCCUCUGCAGAGAAACGGGAAACGGGACCCCCGGGCGGCCAGCAGUUGCGCUCCGCGACACCUGGAAGCCUCGCCGGCAAAAGUGCGAAAGCGAACAGCGAUACAGAUGAAGAGCAGGAAAAGAGGAAACGUGAGUCCAUUCAGAAGGAGGAAGAGGACAGGAAGAUAAAACUGCAGAUUUAUGUGUUCGUCCUCCGGUGCAUAGCCUACCCGUUCAACGCCAAGCAGCCCACCGACAUGUCCCGUCGGCAACAGAAGGUCAAUAAGCAGCAGCUACAGGCAGUAAAGGAGCGUUUUCUUGCUUUCCUCAAUGGUGAAACUCAAAUUGUGGCUGAUGAAGCUUUCUGCAACGCUGUGAGAAGCUACUAUGAGGGCUUCCUAAAGAGUGAGCGUAUUUCCCGGAUGGUUCAGAGCGGUGGCUAUUCAGCUAAUGACUUUCGUGAGGUUUUCAAGAAAAACAUUGAGCGCCGUGUCCGCAGCCUUCCUGAGAUCGAUGGGCUGAGCAAAGAGACUGUGCUCAGUUCCUGGAUCGCAAAGUAUGAUGCUAUCUACAGAGGGGAUGAGGACCUGUGGCGUCAACCACAGAGGGCACACCUAAGUGCUGUUUCAGAGCUCAUCCUUAGUAAAGAGCAACUCUACAAGAUGUUCCAGCAGAUCCUCAAUAUCCGCAAGUUUGAGCACCAGCUCUUGUACAAUGCCUGCCAGCUCGAUAGCAUGGAUGAGCAGGCAGCUCAGAUCCGUAGAGAGCUGGAUGGAAGGUUACAAUUGGCCGAAAAGAUUGCCAAGGAACGGAAAUACCCAAAGUUUGUCUCUGCUGACAUGGAGGCUCUGUAUGUGGAGGAGCUGCGAUCAUCUGUCAACCUACUGAUGGCAAAUUUGGAGAGUCUGCCUGUGUCUAAAGGAGGUCCAGACUUCAAACAGAAGCUCAAACGCUCCACCAUAAAUAACACCUUUCUAGAUCUUGGAGAUGAGGGAGUUCUGUCUAAGUCAGACAUCGUCUUGUCUUUCACUCUGGAGAUUGUAAUCAUGGAGGUCCAGGGCCUGAAGUCAGUGGCCCCAAACCGUAUGGUUUACUGUACCAUGGAGGUAGAAGGAGAAGAAAAGCUACAGACCGACCAAGUAGAAGCCUCAAGACCACAGUGGGGGACUCAGGGGGACUUCACCACAACUCACCCUCUGCCUUCAGUUAAAGUGAAGCUCUUCCUAGAGAGCACCGGGGUCUUAGCUUUGGACGACAAGGAGCUGGGCAAGGUAAUCCUGAACCCGACUACCUAUGGACCAAAGCACACAGAGUUCCAUCGUAUGAUUGUCCCCAAGAACAGCCAGGACACGGAGCUGAAAAUCAAACUGGCUGUCCGCAUGGACAAACCUCCCAACGUGAAGCACAGCGGAUACCUGUACGCUGUGGGACAGAGAGUCUGGAAACGCUGGAAAAAAAGAUAUUUUGUUCUUGUCCAGGUUAGUCAGUACACAUUUGCAAUGUGCAGCUAUAGAGAGAAGAAGGCUGAGCCUCAGGAGCUGAUGCAGCUGGAGGGCUACACAGUGGACUGCUGUGAGCCUCAGCCAGGUCUGCAAGGUGGUCGGUUUUUUUUUAACAUGUUGAAGGAAGGCGAUUUGGUGAUGUUUGCUUGUGAUGAUGAGCAGGAACGGGUGCUGUGGGUCCAGGCCAUGUACCGAGCAACUGGACAGUCCUACAAACCAAUCCUCCGCCCCCCCAAAAAAACCCCAAACUCCAGAGGAGGGAACCAAAAACCGACAUCCCCCAUCAGUCUUGAUCCAUCUCAGCGUCAGGGAGUGGAAAAGUUGAUCUCAGCGUCUCCGUGUCAAUUCGACCACGCUGCCCUGUUCACCAUCUUACAGAAACACACACUCCAGCAUCGAAUGAACGACUCCUUCUCCUGCCUGGGCUGGUUCAGUCCUGGUCAGGUGUUUGUCCUGGAUGAGUACUGUGCUCGGUAUGGUGUUCGAGGCUGCCACCGCCAUCUGAGCUACCUGAAGGAGCUGAUGGAUUAUUCGGAGAACAAUGCUCUCGUCGACCCAAUGCUGCUACACUACAGCUAUGCCUUCUGCGCCUCCCACGUCCACGGAAACAGGCCAGAUGGGAUAGGCACAGUGACCAUGGAGGAAAAAGAGCAGUUUGAUGCAAUCAGAAGUCGUCUUAUUGCUCUGCUGGAGAACCAGAUCACACAUUUUAGGUAUUGCUUUCCCUUUGGACGACCAGAUGGGGCCCUGAAGGCAACGCUCUCCCUUCAGGAACGGGUUUUGAUGAAAGACAUCACUACCCCUGUUCCUCCAGAGGAUAUGAAGAAGCUGGUGCAGAGGUGUCUGGAACAAGCAGCUCAAAUCAACUACAGUCAGUUGAUUGAAUACGCUAAGAUCAAGGUGGACCAUCAGGCACCUCCAGAGAAAAGACUGGAGGACAUGAUGAGGCUGGGAGAGCUCUGCAUCGAAGUCCUGCAACAGAAUGAAGAACAUCACUCUGAGGCUUUUUCAUGUUGGCCAGAGCUGAUGGCUGAACAUGCUGAGAAGUUUCUGUCUCUGUACAGAGCCGAUAUGGAGGCAGCUCUUCAGGUCCAGUCGAUCGACUCCUGGAAUAGCUUCCCACUAUUUCAGCUCUUCAACAAUUUUCUACGAACAGACCCUCACUUGUGCAAUGGGAUGUUCCACAAACACCUCCAAGACCUGUACAUCCCACUGGUGGUACGAUACAUUGAUCUAAUGGAGUUGGCCAUUGCUCAAUCAAUCCACCGCGGCUUCCAGAAGGAAACCUGGCAGCCUCUCAACAAUGGUUCAGCCACCUCAGAGGAUUUGUUCUGGAAGCUGAACACUCUACAAAUGUUUGUGAUGGACCUUCACUGGCCAGAACCAGAGUUUGCAAAGCAUCUGGAGCAAAGACUCAAACUGAUGGCCAGUGACAUGAUGGAGGCCUGCGUCAAAAGAACAAAAUCUGCAUUUGAUGCCAAAAUGCAGAAAGUGUGUAAGUCAACAGACUCCCUUUUACCAGUGUCAGUUUGCACCAUGUUCAACGUGCUGAUUGAUGCCAAAAACCAGUGCUCCAAACUCUGUGUGCUGGACAGCGAACAGGAGAUUGACAGACAGUGGCAACAGUACCACUCCAAAAUUGAUGUUUUGAUUGACGAGGCAUUAAAGAACAUUAUUACAUCACUUGUGUCAAAGUUUGCUGCUGUUUUAAACGGUGUCCUCUCCAAGCUCUCAAGAUAUGAUGAAGGGACAUUCUUCUCUUCAGUCCUGUCUUUCACAGUGAAAGCUGCUGCGAAAUAUGUGGAACUCCCUAAACCAAGGGUGGAUCUGGCUGACACUUACAUUAGUUUUGUACGACAGAACCAGGACAUUCUGCGCCAUGGUGUCAGUGAUGAGCUCUACAUUGAGACCGUAUUUGAUCAAUGGUACACUGACUCCAUGAAGGCAAUAUGUGUUUGGCUGACUGACAGACUGGACCUGCAGCUGCACAUGUACCAGCUGAAAACACUCAUCAAGAUCGUUAAGAAGACCUAUCAUGACUUCAGGUUGCAGGGAGUCCAGGACAGCACACUGAACAUCAAAAGCUAUGAAACCAUCUACAACAGACUGACGAUGGAGGAGGCUACUAUGGCUGUCAAGGCAGGUGAUGGCCUACAGGGCAUCAGCAUGAGAGACAGUGAUGUAGAGGAUGACUAAACACACACAUGCACACGUUCUCUCUGCACACAAUCGGUUACUGCUUGAUUAUCAUCCUCUCUAACGGACAUUCGAUUGCAGUCUGUGACACACUACUACACUUCACCAAGUAGUGCACACAAACCUGAAAGAAUAGUUAACAGAUUUUUUUCUUGUACUGUGGCUGAAACGUUGCUGUGGUGUUUUAACAAGGACAAGUUAUCAAUUAGUGCUAGAUUGCAUUAGCCAGAGAGAUGCUCUAUUCUGCUGUAGUUGUUUUGCUAACAGCUAAUCAACAACUGUUGACACUCUUGGCAUUCAGAAACCUCUAAGUUUUGGUUUUACAUCUCCAUGGUAUUUUUUCCACUGUUUCAGUUCUUGUCUGAUUUACAAUUAUAUACAAUUUAUUUCUAUAACAUAGUGAUGCACAACCUGUGCACACGUUUGCAUUCUUGAAAUCUUAAUUUGAAAUCAGUAAAUAAAAAGACAUAAAUCUGAAGUAAAUGUAGUGAAAUGCAGUAUUUUUUUUUAAUGUAAUAGGGUACAAAAGGGGUCAAAUGGGUCAGAAAUUCAGAGUCAGAGUAGAUGUACAAAUAGACUCAAGGUCAGCUGGAGUUUUAAUUGGUGGUUUGAGGGAAAGUAUCUCAAAAUCUUUAAUCCUUUUGAGUCACACCAAGUGAUAAAGUACAAAACUUUCUAUAUUAAUAAUGUGCAAUUUUGGCAUUUAGAGGGGAGGGCUAAACACAAAAAAUACAUAAUGACAGCUUAUCAUUUCCUUAUAGCUAAAAGUUGGUUACUGAUUCCCCCGUUUCCACUACAUAGCCAAGUUGGAAACUGUGGAACUUUUUUAGCCACUACUGAUAAACCAUCCUGGUAAGUAUAGUUCACUGCAGGUAGCUGUACUAUAUAGUGUUUAUAUGUAAUAUAGAGUUUACACACAUUCACACAAAUAUGCAAUAUGAGAUGCAGUGAGUGUUUUCCAGUCCACCUCAUGAUAGAGCUAACAACACAAUAACCAGUCGUAGCAAAGGAGGUGAGUCAGUCUGGCAACAGCCCAAGUUAUGUUAACAAUAUUUAGUUGUUAUGGGUGUAUUAUUUCUAUUAUACUAGAGUAUAACUUCAUUAUAGGGGUGACUGUCAGCAAGGAGGUACAGUCACCCAAUUGGAAAUAUGGUGGUUCCAUCCCUGGCUGCUCUAGUCUACAUGCCAAAGUAUCCUUGGGCAAGAUACUCAACCCCAAGUUGCUCUCUGAUUUUGGUCAUCAGAGUAUGAAUGUGUGUGAAUGAUAGACAGAACGCACUAAUGCAUUAGAUGUGACUAUCAGUGCUUCCCAGAUUCUCUGCUGUUUAAUUUAUGGACAUACAGCCGUACUCUGGUGCAACUUUGCAUCGUAAAGCUUAGCAAUUGGAGGCGCUUUCUAUAAUGUCUUUGCUCACAGCUGUAACAUUGGAAAUGCCCUGUACCCCAGAUUAAAACAAAAUGUUUGCUAGUUAUUUAUUUCAUUCAGCCAUGUGCUGCAUUAUCCAGUACAAACUACAAUGGUUCUCUGCACAUGAAAAAAUUGCUAAGCUAAUAGCUAAUUUCUCCCUUCAUGGUAAGUGAAUGGACACAUUCAACUGGUAUUGAAGUAAUGCAUUUUUAGGGGUGUGGCUACAUGUAGAUGCUGACAAAGGCACCUGUAGUUUGUCUUUGCUUAGGUUUCACAUCAGCAAAUUUAAGUCACUGAUGUCUUGACGCAUCAUCCAGGUAAGGAAAACCCAAAAAGUUGUUUCUGUUUGCACGUAGAGUUUGUAGUUGAAGACUUCAUCACUCAUCUGAGUGACUUCUUCAGUCUCAGCUGAAUGCAGGUUUCCCCAACCUUAUAAACAGUACAUUUGGAUAAUGACUGAAACUGAUCAGUGGAUGUUGAUCAAUGCUCAUGACAAUUUGUAUAUUAAUGAUCAAGAAACUGAUUUCACGGCCCAGUUUUCGUCAGUAGUGUUAGUUUCAGUGGACCACUGAAAUGACAAUUGAACAAUUAACUCUCAAGUGAUCAAGCUACUUAAGACUAAAAUGAUCAAAUGGGGUGAUUUCAUCAUUGGGGAGGUCAGUUGUGUCCAGGUUUCAACCACCAGGUGAUCUUGCAGCAUUUUGAGGUAGUCCUUCUUGUUCCAUCCACUUUGUGCACCAGUGCCAUUGUACCAGUACCACUGGCAGCAGAAUAGCCCCAGAAUAAUGGCAUGCUUCAAUGCCAUCAUACUCUUUAGCCCCAGAGCAUGCUUGACAGUUGAUACAGUAUAUUUAGUUUUGAAGGCCUCACAGUUACUCCUCCCAGUAUACCUGUUGUCAUUCAUGUCAUUGUGGCCAAAUAGCUCUAUUUGUUUCAUCUGGCCAUAAACCUUUCUCCAGAAGGCAUUUGGGUUGUGCAUGUGGGCAGCUGCCAAUUUUAGCAAAUUCCAACUGUAUAUUUAACAUAGCUUUCCAUUGUCCUCGCCACACCAAUGAGCCAAUUCCUGUUUAAAAAGCAAAACAAUAUCAUACAUAAUAAUUUCGAUGCUUAAAUGCUUAUAAAUUAUGUUGUGCCAUUUAAAAUGUGAUUUGUAGUCAUCCUUCAAGAGCCGAGCUGCAAUGUUUGAAGUUCAUGUCAGAAGCUCUGCUACAUAUUGAUUUCAGUGUAUUCUUCAGAUCAAAUGUUUGCAAUAAUCUGCCAGUUAAUUUAACCCUCUGAUCAUGUUUGUGUCUGUCCUAGUCCUGGGUCUUUUACCCAGCCGUUUGAAUUUUAAGAUAUUUUGAUUUUUUCCUGUGAGCUCAUGAUUUGCUCUUUUGGAUGUUGAGACCUAAUUUAUAUGAUGGCUCUUCAUCUCUGCAUCUAGUCCGUUCAGUAUGAUAGUGUUAGUCGUGUCUCCAUGUUUAUCUCUGUCACUGUGUGAGGUUCACGUCUUAGUCUUAUUUUGAUAGUUCCUCGUCUUGUGUGUGUUGUGUUAAGUUUUGCUUCCCCUUUUCUCGUUAGUUAUUCUGUUCACCUGUCUUGUUUUGCCCAGCUGUUGCCUCCCACAUUUUCUUGUGUACAGUUGAGUCCUCGUUGUUUUCCUCAAUGAUUUGUGUAUUUGGUUUUUGAUUAAUUGUUCCUGGUUUCCAUCUUGUUUAUUUUGUAAGUUCUUGAGUAAUAAAGCUGCUUUUGAGUUUGA